CUGAGCACUAAGUUAGAGUGGGCCGCCCGGGCUGGCCGGAGGAGGUGAGCAAGUGGCCCGCACCUCAGUUUCCUCACCUGCCUAGCUGGCUCCAACGCUCCUCCGGGCCCUUUUCCCCCUAGAAACCGUGAAGCCCCCACCAGCCCGAGGUCCCAGCCCUUCCUCUCCAGCCCAGAUACCACCAGAGCAUGCAGGACGUCGAGGACUGUGCGGCCCCUCAGGACGCCGGCGUUGAAGAUGGCGGCUCCCGUGAGCCUGACGGGGCGGGGCUGGCCGGCGAAGCCGAGGGCAGCUCCCGGGGCCAGCCUCCGGUUCUCCCAGAGACCGUUAAAGAAGUGUCCAAGCUCAGUGACAAGAUUGGGAUGAGCCAUGAUUUUCACAUGGAGGAGGUGAUUUUACCUCCAAGCAGGUGUUCAGAAGAGAGAAUGAAAGAUUCAGCUCUUUCAAGACUCAGACCAUUCCUGAAGAAAGGCAAAAAGAAAGAAGAACUUAGACUGUAUAGCAGCUGUCCAGAAGGCAAGGUGAAGGAGACAAUGCACAAUGACUUUUGGGACCAUCUUAGAGAGCAGCUGUCAGCUACUCCUCCUGACUUCAGUUGUGCUCUUGACCUUUUGAAUGAUAUGAAAGAGAUCUUGUUGUCUCUGCUGUUACCACGCCAGAACCGCCUAAGAAGUGAGAUUGAAGCAGCGUUGGAUGCAGACUUCCUCAGGCAGGAAGCAGAACGUGGGGCCCUGGAUGUCUCUUCCCUUUCCAAGUAUAUUCUCAACAUGAUGACUCUGUUGUGUGCGCCAGUCCGAGAUGAAGCUGUACAGACUCUUGAGAACAUUGCAGACCCUGUUGGGUUAUUGAGAGGGAUCUUCCAGGUUCUGGGCCUGAUGAAAAUGGACAUGGUGAACUACACCAUUCAGAGCCUUCAGCCCCAUCUGCAGGAACAUUCUAUCCAGUAUGAGCGAGCUAAGUUCCAGGAACAACUUGACCAGCAGCCCGGUCUUCUCAAUCAUACUACCAAGUGGCUCGCCCAAGCAGCAGCAGACCUCAGCACGCCACCAACUUGCUCCGACUCUGCUGACUCCUCCGGUGUGGCUGGUCCUUCUCUGGAUGAGGCAGCCAGUGACACUGAGCCCCUCAGCCCUGCAGUAGUGUUGUCCCAAGGCUUCCUCAACCUCCUCCUGUGGGACCCUGAAAAUGAAGAGUUCCCUGAGACCCUGCAAAUGGAUAGAACCCGGUUGCGAGAGCUGGAGGCCCAGCUGCAGCAGUUGACUGUCCUGGCUUCAGUCUUGCUUGUGGCCAGCAGUUUCUCUGGCAGCGUUUUGUGUGGCUCACCUCAGUUUGUGGAUAAAAUGAAGCGUCUCACCAAGGCCCUGAUGGAGGAAUUCAAACCUAAGCCCGAGGAUGCUAUGCAGACUCUGAGUGAACAGGUAUCUCAGGAAAUCCAUCAAAGCCUCAAAAACAUGGGGCUUGCUGCUCUGAGUAGUGACAGCACAGCAUCUCUGAUAAGACAGCUCCAGAACAUUGCCAAGAAGGAGAACUGUGUCCGUACUGUCAUUGAUCAGCGGAUCCAUUUGUUUCUCAAGUGCUGUUUGCUUCUUGGUGUGCAGCGUUCUCUGUUAGAUCUUCCUGGAGGCCUCACUCUCAUCGAGCCAGAGCUGGCAGAACUGGGCCAAAAGUUCAUCAACUUGACACAUCACAAUCAGCAAGUGUUUGGCCCAUACUACACUGAGAUCCUCAAAACCCUCAUCCCCCCAGGUCAGGAGCUGAAAACAAACGUGGAGGCUCUCUGAUAGCACCUUCUGGGAGACCCUGCCACUUUGGACCCAGAAAAAAGACCUAGCAUCUUCCUGGGGUAACAUCGCCAGGGACCAGCCGUGAGCCUCAUCUGCUCCCACAGCCAGCACACCAAGGCUGCAGGGAUCAAGCCUGUAAGCACAGCUGGCCCCAACCCACUCACUAAUAAACCUCUGAACUGCAAGGAAACCUCCACUCUUACUGUGCUGCAGCUGAAAC